UCGAGAGCGUCGCCAAGAAAGUGUCCCGAGCAAGAGAAAGGAAGCCUGCGAAGCCGCCACCACCGCCACCUAUUUGUUUCCGCAGCUCUCGGCGGCGGCGGUCGCCCCACUCCAGCCGCUCGCGCCUACUUCCGGUGGAAAUCUGCCAUGCGCAUCCGUAAAUGCGCCGCCCGGCUUCUGGGCACCGUCUCCACCUCCUUCUCCUCCUCCCCUAGUCCGCUGCCGCGGCCGCCGUCGCAGCAGUCGUUGGAAUCGAAUGUUGCCCUCUCGCCCGACGCCACCGUCGCGAUUCUGUGCGAGCUGAACCGGUCCCCCUGGGACGACCUGAUGUGCCUCGACCUCAUACCGGCUUUCGAUCAGGAGGAAGAGGAAGAAGAAGACGGCGAGGGCAUUAUGGGGAAUGCAGUGAAAGCGGAAGCGGGAGAGGACAAGGGCAUUACCGGAAAUCGCUUCAAAAACGAGGCUGCGGCCACCGCCACUGCUGAAUGCGAAGAACCAAGGAAGAAGGCCGGGAAGAUUAGAAAGAAGAAAAAGAAAAAGAAGAAGAAGAAGAAGGAUAAUGUAGCUGCGGUAGUUGAGGAGGAAGAGGAGGGGACUGGUGGGAGCUGCAAGAAGAGCGACGGAAGGGGAUGGCGCUGCAAGCGGCCGGCUCAACACCCGCAUUCCCUCUGCAGUUACCAUCUCGCGCAGCUCCGAUCAUACAAUGCCAGCAAGGUCGCAUCUGAGGCAAGCAGGGAAGGCCACGCCGGGACUGGGAGAAAGAAGAAGACCGACGUAUCCGAUGCCGCCGCCGCCACCGAUGACUCUGACUUUUACUAUUACUAUUCCGGCUUCAACCCUUGGCGUGGGAAGACUAGAUGCAGCUGCCGAAGUAGCAAUAUCAUCGGUGGCGCUCGUGGUUUUGCUCUUGAUAAAAAUGACCGCGACAGCGAAGAUGGAGAGGAUAACAGGAUUGUGCACGACGUCUCAGCGAUUGCUGGCGAGGAUGAAGAGGAGGACAGCGGCGACGACGUGAACAAUAUUGUAGAAUGCGGAGGCGGUGACGCCGAAGGAGGUAACGCAUCGAGGAACACCAAUAAUCGCGGCAAUUAUAAGAGCUACAGGAAGAGAGGUAGGAAGAGGAUGAAAGCUCGAUCGCUCAAGUCUUUGCUUUGAUCGAUCAUGUUGUGCUGCUCGAUUUUGCAGUCGUUUUGUGUCUUGUAUUCUGCUAAGGUGGACGUGCAAAUAUAGUUGCGUGCGUAAAAAUAUGCUUGCAUGUGUUCCAAAC